CUGCGAACUUCGUGGGCCAAGGUCCUGCACCAAGAUCUAUCGGAAUUCUCAAAUGAAGAUGUGUUCUUUGAGGUUGGGGGUGAUUCAAUCACAGCUUUGCAGCUCGUUGAUGCUGCCUUUGAGCAAGGCAUAGUGCUCACAGUCGAGCAAAUCUUUGUAAAUGCUUCUCUGGAAGACAUGGCAUUGGCUGCCCGCGUGAUUGAAACUGAGCAUGGGUCACCAAGACAAACCCCAUCAAUCGAACCAUUCAGUCUGCUUAGCGUUGAUCUCGGUGGGCUGAAACGGCAUAUCGAAGAAAUUGCUAUAGCUUGUUGCGUUAAAUCUGGACAAGUCGAAACCGCUUAUCCAUGUACUCCGAUGCAAGAAGCCCUGGUAGCAGUUACUGAUACGACUGAAAAUGCAUACGUGAUGCAAAUCACCUGCGAAAUAAGACCUGAAGUUCCUAUAGAACAAUUUCGCCAAGCUUGGCUGUCAACGGUGCGGGCGAAUCCCGUCCUGCGGUCUCGCAUUUGUCAUCUUGACGGUGUCGGCUAUGUUCAAGCAGUAAUCGACGAUGCCAUCGGCUGGAACAACACUGAGGAUGAUCUGAACAGUUUUCUGCAGAAUGAUGCACGCUCUCCGAUUAAGUCUGGCGAUCCGUUUUUCCGUUUCACAGUAGUCUCGGAUGCGCAGAGUCGACACUUUGUCUGGACACUGCACCAUGCCCUUUGCGAUGGAGCUUCCGUGACUGAAGUCUUUGACGAAGUCUCUCGGCGAUUUACCAACCAGUCGGUUUUGAAAAGACCUUCUUACGAGCAAUUCAUCGCAUCAAUCUCGCCAGAUACGACCAAGCAACGAAAUUACUGGCAGCAGACCUUCAACCAAUGCGGCUUUAAUUACGCAUCCUACCCUCAAUUGUCCCGACAAGGUUUUGAAGCCAAGCCAUCGAGGAGUAUAAGAAGAGUUCUUGAAUUGAAUCGGACAACCCCUUUCGACGCCACGAAAGCACAAUUACUUCGAGCUGCAUGGGCCGUGUUACAAUCUCACUAUACUGGAAAUGAAGACGUUGUUUUCGGCGAGAUAAUGAAUGGUCGUGCGUCACUUCAGACCUUCGGCAUGUCCAGCGUGACAGGGCCCACCAUAUGCCUCGUCCCAAUAGGCCUGCGAAUCGAUCCCAACCUGACUGUGUCAUCGCUUCUUUUGAGAGUAAGGGAACAGGCAGCCGAGCUCUUGUCUUUUGAACAAACAGGGAUUGCGAAGAUCCGGAAGUAUCUAGCAGAAAUUUCUUUGUCGGCCUCCACAGCCUGUGACUUCCAGACGUUGUUCGUUGUCCAUUCAUCAGAUUUUAGCGACCUAACGGCACCAGCUUUACAAAGAAUAGGACUAAGACUCAUCUCGGGUCUAGGUAAAUCUGAGCAACAUCCAUACCCACUUGUCAUAUCGAUCUUGAUCUCAACUGGUGAUGCUGUCAUCCUGAACCUUGAGUAUGACGAGCGGGUUAUAUCUAUCCAACACGCAAACAACCUCAUUCACCAGUUUCAGGCUGUGCUUACACAGCUUAGUGAGGCAAAGGAGGAGACUCUUUUAAGUUCCAUAGUUCCAUUCAGUGCUACAGAUCUGCUCCAAAUCAAAGAAUGGAAUCAACACACCCCAAAAGCUGUUGAGAAGUGCAUCCACCAACUCUUCGAGGAGCAGGUCCAUAGAAGUCCUACAGCGGAGGCUUUGGUUUCUGUCUCUGAGACAUUAACUUAUGCUGAAGUGCAUAACAUCUCUACAUCUGUUGCUCUACAGCUCGUGAACCUUGGUGUGGGACCAGAGGAAUUCGUUGCCAUCUGCUUCGAAAAGUCUGUGUGGGCUGUCAUCGCGAUGCUUGCCAUUUGGAAAGCUGGAGGGGCAUACGUUCCCAUCGAUCCUACCCACCCCCAAGGUCGAAAAAAAGAGAUCGCCAACAGGGCCAAAGUAAAACUCGUACUGGUUUCCCGCAGCAAUGCCACUGACUUCGAUGGAAUAUGUGAGCAUAUACUUACCCUGGACGAUGCUCCAAUCUCUUUCAUUCGACAAGGAUGCGGUCAACUACCAAGUCAAACUCUCCUUCCCACCAGCAGCGCAUAUUUACUCUUCACAUCAGGCACCACAGGCAAGCCGAAAGGGGUGGUCAUCUCACAUUCGGCUCUAUGUACUGGCAUGGUAUAUCAGGCAGAAAGCUUUGGACUUAAUUCUAAGACACGAAUGCUCCAGUUUGCCAGCUAUACCUUCGAUGCCUCGGUUCAAGAAAUAUUCGCUACGCUGGUGGUAGGGGGUACCGUCUGUGUUCCGUCUGAUAGUGACAGAUUGAAUAAUCUUGCAGGCAUAAUAACGGCUUUACAGGUAGACACGGUCGUACUUACGCCCACCGUAGUGAACCUUCUCAGCCCUGAGCUCAUACCGUUCGUAAAAAAGAUCAAUAUGGGCGGAGAGCCCGUCACCAGUGAUAUAAUAACGAAAUGGGCGCAUCAUGUCCGUCUUACAAACGGCUACGGACCGUCGGAGACGACGGUAUGUUGUGCGAUGAACGUUGGCCUCACAAUGGACACUCACCCAGCCAAUAUUGGUCGUGCGAUAGGCUCAACAAUGUGGCUUGUUCAGCCUGACAACCAUGACAAGCUCAGCGCAAUCGGUUGCGUAGGCGAAAUAGUUGUUUCAGGCGCACUACUUGCCAGUGGAUAUUAUGGCGACAAAGUCACGACAGACGCAUCAUUUAUCUAUGAGCCAGACUGGCUUAUGGAUUUCAUAAACACCGAGAGCGCUUUUAGAACUAUCUACAAAACAGGUGACUUAGCGCGGUACAAUGCAGACGGUACAUUCCAGUACGUGGGUAGGAAAGAUACCCAGGUGAAGCUGCGCGGUUUUCGCAUCGAGCUAGGAGAGAUAGAAGCUCGAGUCAUGGAACACGGAUCUUCGAAUGCUGCGGUUGUGCUUCUUCCAAAGGAGGGGAAUUGUGCGAACCAGAUCGUAGCUAUAGUGAGCUUCAUGCAGCCGGUCCUCACAGAGUCAUCCAAACUCGGCAUUCAUGUGUUGAAUAAGAGCCAUUACACAAGGGAUAUCCAUCAGAAGCUGGAUAGUAUCAAGAAACACCUUCAAUACACUCUUCCAGAGUACAUGGUCCCUUCUCUGUGGGUUGUACUCGAAAAUAUGCCGCUCCUCGUGUCUGGGAAAGUUGACCGAAAGGCAAUUAAGACAUGGGUUGACCAAAUGGACGAAAAAACACACCAAAACUUGAUACGAGAUUUGUACGAUGCGGAAGAAGAGUUGAAAGGAUCCUUCUUGCCAGGAUCACGAGCUUACACAUUGCGUGAGAUCUGGAGCAUUGUUCUCAAUGUGGCCGUUGACCGAAUAGGAAUCAACACUUCGUUCUAUUCCCUUGGCGGUGACUCCAUAACGGCAAUACAGGUGGUAUCAAAGGCUAAAUCGAGGGGUUUACACCUGGCCGUCCGCGACAUUCUCACACGAAAGACUUUAGGCGCUGUGCUCCCUGUGAUUUUGGAAAAUACCAAUGACAUCCACAAAGAUAUUCUGCACCAACCCCCAGAUGGUCAAUUUGACCUUUCACCUAUCCAGAAGCUCUUCGUGGCAUCUAAUUAUGGAGAAGAUUCAACUACUUUCCAGGUGGAGGCUGUAUAUCCAUGUUCUCCCAUGCAACGUGAGAUCUUGCUGCAGCAGAGGAUGGAUCCGUCUGUUUUCUUGGUAUCAUGGGAGAUCGAACUCAGGGAUAUAUCAGCUCAACAGAAAUUGCACGUGGACAUGGUGAUUAAUUCCUGGAAGAAAAUUGUCUUUCGACACCCGAUUCUGCGAUCUAGGUUUCUCGAGGCCUCAUCAGAAGGGCGCGACUAUCAACAAGUCGUCUUGAGAGGCAUUGAGCCAGAUAUAAUCAUCGAUAAGGACAUUCAAGACUUCAAAACAAACAAAGACUGGCCCGAUGCCGUUUCUCUGCACCAAUGCCGCUUCCCUCAUCGAGCCCGCUUCCUCCAACACGGCAAUGCAGUUAUCGGAUACAUAGAAGCUAACCAUGCAAUCCUUGACGGCUGGUCAGUUGGACUCUUGCAGGAAGAACUGCUGGAAACAAUCUAUGACACUGAGGACAGUGCCCGCUCGGUCAAGGAUGACCAAGCUCCUCCUUACCAAUCAUUUAUCUCUACCCACAGCUAUGACCGCGUCAGUCAAGAUGUCGAUUAUUGGAGGACUGUCUUGAGCAACCAAAAACCAUCCAUACUUGCUUUCCCACUGGACUUUGGCCCAAAGGAUGUUGAUGGCGAAGAUCUAGCACGCACCAUAGUUCGCCUCCCGCGCAUAGGAACAGACUCAUUGAAUACGUUCGCUGCCAAUCAUGAUCUUACCUUUGCCAGUAUCUUUGAAGCGGCAUGGGCGCAAACGCUAAGUAUAUAUACUCGGUCUUCCCAAGUGGCGUUUGGGUAUAUCGUCUCCGGACGCGACCAGGACGGUGUUCCUCAUGCUCCUCGUAUCAUUGGACCUCUUAUCAACAUACUCCCUUACCAUUUGCGUAAUGUCUCGACUGAGAGGAGUCCGAAAGUCCUCGCUGAUCUAGCCACCCGAAUUCAAGAACAACGGGUGCAGGAUGGGUCACACAGUUUUUGUAGAAUUCAAGAUGUUCUAGAACAAUACUUCGGGACGCACAGGCUUUUUAACACUGCUGUAAAUUUCCAACGGCGAGCUAGUUCACUGGAAAAGGGACAUCUGGCAAUCCGUGAUCUUGAACGGCUGAAAGACCCAUGGAGCUUUGACGUACUCAUACGUAUAAUUCAUAUAGACACAUCCAUACAGGUGCAAGUGGAGUUCAAUGCACAGCAAAUGAAUUCAGACGCAAUGAAAAAGGUAGUGGAGACAUUUAAGGACGGUCUUCAACUUGCUAUCGCUCAAUGA